AUGGACCCUCUCGUGUACAAGCAGUACGUGUUUGGUCUGGACAGGCUGGUUGCCCGGCAUGUGCUCUUCGCUAGAAGGCAUGUAAGCAUCCGCAACACUGUCCCUCAGCGCCAGCGCAUCUUCCAGGCUGACCCCCGCCCUGUCUACCAGCGCCUGCCUCGCUCGGGCCUGUACUUUGGCGUCUUCCAGGUCAUCUUCUGGACUGGUAUGGCCGGUAUCACGGUCGGUGCUUACAACUUGAUUGCGGGUAAGAAGUAA